GGCUUGCACUGAGAUGGUGAUGCCCAUGUGCACAGAUGGUGUCAAUGACAUGUUCGAGCCUCAGAAAUGGGACUUUGAUGCACUUUCAGAAGAGUGUUACAGGCUGUGGGGAGUGAGGCCUCGCCCUUCUUGGAUUCUUUCUAUGUAUGGAGGGAAAAACAUCAGUUCACACAGCAACAUCGUCUUCAGCAAUGGUGGCCUGGACCCGUGGUCCGCAGGUGGCGUGACCCAGAACAUCACCGAUUCCCUUGUGGCAAUUGUGAUCCCGGAUGGAGCCCAUCACCUGGACCUACGCAGCCGCAACCCUUUGGACCCCAAAUCUGUGCGGCAAGCUCGAGCCUUGGAAAUCUGCUACAUGAAGCAGUGGAUUGAAAAGGCACAGGCACUGAAGUAGUGCUGCAACAACUGUGGCCAUUUUACCUGUGUUGGCUUUGUCAGGAGCAGGGCCAGGCCUUAUCGCACAGUUGUCUGAACAUUUCACUCCUGUUUCCU